AAAUAUUCACAAGAUGACGUAUAAAGAGAAAAUCACUGGAGCUUCACUUUCUCUCAAGAAGUUUCUUGAUAAGUUUCCUAAAUUACAUAAUAUAUAUCUAAUUGUUUCGAUCUCAUGUAUAGCGGGAUUCACAUUUGGGGUUGAUAUUUCAUCGAUGUCGGCCUUUAUUGGUACUUCUCAGUAUAAUGAGUUUUUUGAUACUCCAGGAGCCACUAUACAGGGGGUUAUCACAGCUUGUAUGGCCCUUGGGAGUUUUUUUGGUGCAAUCUUGUCUGCAUUUGUAUCGGAACCUUUGGGUAGAAGGGCGUCUUUACUUUUCAGUGCAUUUUUUUGGAUAAUUGGUUCCAUUAUCCAAGCUUCGGUUCAAAAUAGGACUCAAUUAUGUUUGGGUAGAGUUAUUUCUGGGUUUGGUGUUGGGUUUGGUUCGUCGGUUGCACCAAUCUAUGGUUCGGAAUUGGCUGCUCGUAAAAUACGUGGUUUAAUCGGUGGAUUGUUUCAAUUUAGUGUAACUCUAGGAAUUUUAGUGAUGUUUUACGUGGGAUAUGGUCUGGGUAAGAUUCCUGGAUAUUCGAGUUUUAGACUUGCUUGGGGUCUUCAAAUAGUGCCAGGCUUUCUUUUGUUAUUAGGAUGUUUGUUUAUUCCUGAAUCUCCAAGAUGGUUAGCCAAGCAUGGACACUGGGAAGACUGUGAACUUAUUGUUGCUCAAAUUCAAGCAAAGGGUAAUCGUGAAGACCCCGAUGUAAUGAUUGAAAUUUCUGAAAUUAAAGAACAAAUUCUUCUAGAUGAAAAAAGUAAAACUUUUUCCUAUCUUGACUUACUAAGUAAAAAGUAUUUUUUAAGAACAGUUACUUCAGCUUUUGCUCAAAUUUGGCAACAGCUAACUGGUAUGAAUGUGAUGAUGUACUACAUUCGCUAUAUCUUUGAAAUGGCCGGAUACGAAGGUGAUGCCAAUUUGGUUGCUUCUUCGAUUCAAUACGUGCUUUUUGCAGUUGGUACUGCAUUCAUCUUGCCAUUCAUAGAUCGAUUUGGUAGAAGACCCCUCUUAAUGUUUGGUGCUGCUGCUAUGAUGGGUUUACAAUUUGCCGUAGGCGGAAUCUUAGCUGUUUAUUCUAAACCAAUAGAAGGUCUAGAAGGUGAUGAAACCGUAACUAUAAAAAUUCCUCCUGAAAAUAAAUCUGCUGCAAAAGGAUUAAUUGCGUGUUGCUACUUAUUUGUUGUAUCCUUUUCAUUCAGUUGGGGUACAGUAAUUUGGGGGUAUUGUUCUGAAGUCAAUGGUUCUAAUGAAGCUCGUGCUAAAAUGGUUUCUGUAUCAACGGCUUCUAAUUGGCUUUUCAACUUUGCUCUAGCAUUAUUCGUGCCUCCAUCUUUCAGUAAUAUCUCCUGGAAAACUUACUUCAUCUUUGGUGCUUUCUGUGGUGCAAUGGGAAUCCACGUUUACCUUGCUUUCCCUGAAACUAAAGGUAAGCGUCUUGAAGAAUUGGGUCAAAUCUGGGAUGAGAAGGUGCCGGCCUGGAAGUCUGCUUCUUACGUCCCUUACGUUCCUACUGUUGGUUCAGAAGUAGAAUCUGAGCCUGAAAAGGAAAAGGCUGAGGUCGACCAUGUCGAGAAUUCUAAUGAGUAUUGAUUAUACGACAAUAAAAAUUACAUUUAUGAUUCAAAUAUUUCAAUAUACCUACGUAGACUAUUAUUAUUAUUUGACUAUGG